UUGAACCGGUGUCAACAAACAACAACAACAAUAUUUUUCAUGCUUACACCGCCUACACUUACAACAACCCGAAUACUGGCGAAUAAAACCAAGAAGACCGAGAAACUAACUCUUUUUAACACCCCAAAAUACAAUUUUCUUCAUUUUUUUUUGUCAUUUGACUCCUCCAGAGGCUUGUUUGUGGCUGUCCCAGGACGCACUGCAGCUAACCGAGGCUAAAAACCGUCCAGGAAGCUUCCUCACAGGCGAAAUCCUGCUGCAAAAGUCGGUGUUGGAGCAGCAGCUGCAGCCUCCCCGUUAGGAGGAGGUAUUUACUGGGGUGUUGGAGGUAUGACUGCGUUGGCUGGGUCAAUACCCAGGAUGAUGCGACCCCAUCUGGCUCAGAACUACCCCCGCAGUGGAUUCCCACUGGAAGUGUCUACUCCGCUGGGUCAAGGCCGUGUGAACCAGCUCGGAGGAGUUUUCAUAAACGGCAGACCUUUGCCCAACCACAUCCGACAUAAGAUCGUGGAGAUGGCCCACCACGGCAUCAGGCCGUGCGUCAUCUCCAGACAGCUCCGGGUCUCUCACGGCUGCGUGUCCAAAAUCCUGUGCCGGUACCAGGAGACGGGCUCCAUCAGACCAGGGGCCAUCGGCGGCAGCAAACCCAAGCAGGGAACAACGCCGGACGUAGACAAGAGAAUAGAAGAAUACAAGCGGGAAAACCCGGGUAUGUUUAGCUGGGAGAUUCGGGAUAAAUUACUGAAGGAUGGGAUAUGUGACCGCAACAACGUUCCUUCAGUGAGCUCCAUCAGUCGCACCAUGCGGAGUAAGUUCGGAGGCAAAGGCGAUGAAGAGGAGGAUGAAGAGGAAAUCGAGAGGAAAGAGUUGGAGGAGAACGACCGGAGGGCCAAACACAGCAUCGAGGGCAUCUUAGGAGACAGAUCGAGUCACUCAGACGAGGGUUCGGACGUGGAGUCGGAGCCCGAUCUGCCGCUCAAGAGGAAGCAGCGGCGCAGUCGGACCACAUUCACGGCGGAGCAGCUGGAGGAGCUGGAGAGGGCCUUCGAGAGGACCCACUACCCCGACAUCUACACCAGGGAGGAGCUCGCCCAGAGAGCCAAACUCACCGAGGCCAGGGUUCAGGUUUGGUUCAGCAACAGGCGGGCGAGGUGGAGGAAGCAGGCGGGAGCCAGUCAACUGAUGGCGUUUAAUCACCUGAUCCCAGGUGGUUUCCCACCUUCAGCCAUGUCCAGCAUCCCUCCAUACCAGCUCUCUGACAGCCCCUACCCCCCCUCAUCUAUAGCACAAGAGCCCCACAGCACGGUGCAUCGGCCCCAGCCUCUCCCUCCCUCCUCGGGUCACCAAGCCACCGGUGGUGGAGGGCAGGUAGACGGAGGCACUCCCUACUGCCUCGCCUCCGGACGACACUCCUUCUCGGGCUACUCGGAUGGCUUUGUGAGCGCUGGGGGACCGGCCAAUCACAUGAACCCCGCCAUAGGAAACGGACUCUCUCCACAGGUGAUGGGUCUGCUGAACCCGGGCGGUGUGCCACAUCAGCCCCAGAGCGACUACGCCAUCUCCCCUUUGACGGGCGGCCUCGAGCCCCCCGCUGGCAUGGCCGCCAGCUGCAGCCAGCGCAUGGAUCACAUCAAGGGCCUGGAGGGUCUCACCAGCGUCCCCUCCAUGUCGGCUCUGCCCUCCCUGCCCAGCUCCCAGUCCUACUGCCCCCCCUCCUACAGCUCACCGGGCUACACCGUCGACCACGUGGCGUCCUACCAGUACGGCCAGUACGGACAAAGUAAGGUGCCCUUUCUUAUCUGAGGCCUGAAAUCACCUGAGGACUUCAUCACAGAGGGACAUUGUGUGUGUGUGUACAGCCAUGGAAAUCUUUUAAUAUCUGGACCAAAAUUUUAUUUUGCUACCAUUCACCAGGACACAUUCUCUACUGCAGGACGUUAUAUUAUUCAUUCUUGUUGGAGAAAUGGACAAAAAAAAUAAAGAAGAAGGGAACACAAGAAGGAAUAUCAGACCAAAAACUGUUGAUUGACUGUGAACAAAAAAAACUGUUGAUUGACUGUGAAUAUUGCAUCGGUGUUGUAGAUGAACGACAGCGAUGUCAGCGCUUAAUGAGGUUGGUGCAGCGGAGCUCUCUUUACCAUGAAGAGGCUCUUUCCAGGCGACCCUAGUGACCAAACGCCACUCUGCCUGUGGGGUCUUUGUGAGGACAACAAACCCAAAUCCUCUUCGACAUAAUCUGCCAGCCUUGCCUACAUGUUUACAUAUCAGGCCACAUGAGUGCAUACUAAAUUCCAUGUAUCCCUAAAUUGUAUCUGCUGAAAGGGGAAAAGAAAAGGGCUUUGUUGAUUUUUUUUUUGCAUUUAUUUGAGAUCUCUGCAUCCCACACAUGGAGAGACAUUCCAGAGACAGAGAAAAACAAACGUGAGUGAACAAAUCUGUAGGUUUUAUUGUAUCAGAAACUCUAAUGUACACCACAGCUGUACUGCAGUUAAAGUUCAUUCAAACAUUCCUCCUACCUCCUCCCCCUCUCCCUCUCUCUCUCUCUCUCUCUCCUCUCGCCUUUCUGUCUUACUCCUUCUGUCUCAUUGAUGUUUCGGACGGUGAGGCAGGGAUCCCGGCCUUUUGUAGUUUUAGAGAGGAACUCGGAGGAGGUCAGGAGGUGACUUUAGGGAAAGUGACAGAUGAGAGAGCAGUAGAGGAGGGCGGCGGAGAAGUGGCUUUAAAGGAAGAGGGGUGGGGGGGGGGGAUAGGCAAGAUCGAUCACAGGGGUUAAAAACCCUUUAAAGAUCCUCUCCCGGCGAGAAAAAGCCACCAGGUCACAAGUCACGACCGAGAGACACUUGAGAAACCGAGAGUUUAGACUAAAGACAGCCAUUUUCCCAGCUGACCAGAAGUGCAAUAUCAUGUAUCUUAAGAGUCGCCAUUAAAACAAUAAUAAAAAUCAAACGUGCCUCUUAAAGUCUUACGAAACUCUUUGGAUCCAUUCUCUGGAUCUAGUUUAGGACUUUGCAAAGGAGCAACACAUGUGCCUUUGAAGGCUUUUGGGUCCAAAACAAAUACGAAACAUUGUUAAUCCCGCUGUCAUAGCACACUGAGGACCACAUUUGUAAGGACUUAAGUCAGUGUAGUGUCACGAGGAGCAGAAUAAAUCAAGGGAAUGCCAAUGGAAACAGAAAGUUAGCAGGAAUGACAAAGCCAAAUCUGUAUUUUAUUUUUUUUUUGUGUUGCUUGGGACCCUUUUUUUUGUUUCCAUUUUGCAUAAAAAUAUUGAUUAGGUUUGUAACGCAUUCCGGACAUAUUUAUUGUCUUCUGUGUGUCAAAAGUGUAAAAAAUUCCCCACAAUGUACAAGUGAGUGGCAAUACUUUACCCAUCAAACAGAGCGCCUCCAUACGCACUCUUGUUUUGUACAUCUGUCUAUGUUCUUUUCAUUCCUUUUGAUAUAUUUUUUUGUAUUAUUUGACAAAGCGAUAUGACAUAACGUCACGUGUACAAGCGCAUUAUCACUACUAUUUAUAAUAAAAUAAAAAUUCUGAAAAUA